AUGAAGUCUUUUGGAGCGCAUUUGAAUUGCUACACGAAGAUUGGGGAUGCAUAUCAUCUCUGGGUUGCCAGAAGAUCAAAGACAAAGCCAAAUUUUCCCGAUUUAUUGGACAAUUGUGCUGCUGGAGGGCUUCCUGCUAAUACAAGUCUGUACGAAUGCGCCGUAAAAGAAGCAGAAGAAGAAGCCUCUAUUCCUCCCUCUAUUUCAAAGGCAGCCAAAUUCGUCUCCUUCCAAAAGACCUGCUAUCAUACUCCUCACUAUGUCAAGCCAGAAGUUAACUACAUAUUCGACCUCAAGCUUCCUGAAAAAUUCACUCCAGUCGUCAAUGAUGGAGAAGCGCAGAACUUCAAAAGAGUCAAGCUCGACGAAAGUUUGGAGCUUUUCGAUGACUUGAGCGAGUGGAAGCCGAAUUCGAUGGCGAUUACGCUUGAUUUUUGCAUUCGAAAAGGGUUAUUGAGAGAAGAAGAUGACUUGCUAGAGCUAGAUCGGCUGAUUCGAAAUGACUUUAUUUUCAAAUCUGUUGACCAAAAUGAGUUUUCGCUGUAA